GCAUAUAUUGAUAUGUCAGUGUUUUAUUAUCAAUAAAAACAUAUUACACGUUGUUUUGGAAACAAUAAUUCCGUUCAUUUGUUUUUUUGUUUAUUUUAAAAUAAAAUCGAAACUGCGUCUCACAUAUUUUUGCUAGUUAUCAGAAAAGUGAUAUGCGCGAUGUACUUUACGCAGACGAGUCACAACAACAACAACAGUAAACGCCGAAUAUACAUAAGUAGAAAUGGCUAUACAAAUAGCCAUCCUGGAUUGUGACCUGCUGCUCCAUGGUCGUGGCCAUAAAACUCUCGACAGGUUUGAUAUAGAGACCGUUUCAGACGAGUUCCUAUUAACAACAUUUGGAUUCCCUCGAGAUUUCAUCUACUACCUGGUGGAGCUACUGCGUGACACAUUAUCACGACGUACGCAACGGUCUCGAGCAAUAAGCCCAGAAGUUCAGAUUCUUGCUGCUUUAGGAUUCUAUACCUCAGGAUUCUUCCAGACGAGGAUGGGAGAUGCCAUUGGCAUUAGCCAGGCUUCCAUGAGUCGCUGUGUGACAAAUGUAACCAAGGCACUGGUUGAGAAAGCUCCAGAGUGCAUAGUAUUCAUGAGAGACGAAGCUACAAAACAGCAGUCCAAAGAGGAGUUUUUCAGGGUAGCGGGAAUACCAAACGUCAUGGGUGUUGUAGACUGUACCCAUAUAGCCAUUAAGGCACCCAAUGCAGAGGAUUCUUCAUAUGUCAAUAAGAAAGGCUUCCAUUCAAUUAACUGCCAACUUGUGUGUGAUGCCAGGGGACUUUUGCUCAGUGCAGAGACUAACUGGCCUGGCAGCUUACAGGAUGAUUUCAUAUUAAAGCAGUCUUCAGUGUACAAGGAAUUGGAAGAACAGGAAAAUCAUGAAGGCUGGUUUUUAGGAGACUGCUGCUAUCCUUUAAAGAAAUGGCUGAUGACACCUGUCCAGUACCCAGAAACUUCAGCAGACUUUCAAUACAACUUGGCUCACACUGCCACUCAUGAGAUUGUGGACCGCACGUUCAGGGCCAUUCAAACCCGUUUCCGUUGCCUGGAUGGGUCCAAAGGCUACCUUCAGUACUUACCUGAGAAGUGCUCUCACAUCAUUCUGGCCUGCUGUGUCUUGCACAACGUGUCAUUGCAAUCAGGCUUGGAUGCCUGGACGUUUGAGAGGACUGAUAUGCCAGACCAGUCGGAGGAGGGCAGUUGUAAGCCAGAGGCUGUGGACUCAGAGGCAGUCCGAAUCCGUCAGGAGCUCAUUCUUAGUCACUUCAGCUAGGUGUGCAUGCUCAGAAUCAAUGUGGAAAACACUGUAUGGUUCACAGAGACACUGCCUGCAAUAGACAAGUGGUUGACACCAGAUUCUGUAUAAUCAGAAUAAUAUAGGUUGUAGGAGGUGUAUAUGUACAGUGCCUUCAGAAAGUAUUCAUACCCCUUGACUUAUUCCACAUUUUGUUGGGUUAAAUUUAUAUAUUUCACCCAUCUACACACAAUACCCCAUAAUGACAAAGUGAAAACAUGUUUUUAGAAAUGUUUGUGAAUUUAUCUAAAAUUAAAUUUGUAUCCCCAAAAAACCCUUAGUCCUUUCCGAAGACAAGCAUGCCCAUAACAUGAUGCAGCCACCACCGUGCAUGAAAAUAUGGUGGUACUCAGUGAUGUGUUGUGUUGGUUUUCCCCCAACAUAAUGCUUUGUCCUCAGGACAUAGUUUAAUUCCUUGACACAUAGUUUGUAGUUUUACGUUAGUGCAUUAUUGCAAACAGGAUGCAUGUUUUUGGAAUAUUUGUAUUCUGUACAGGCUUCCUUCUUUUCAAUCUGUCAUUUAUCUUAGUAUUGUGGAGUAACUACAAUGUGUUUGAUUCAUCCUCAGUUUUCUCUAAUCACAGCCAUUAAACUCUAACUGUUUUAAAGUCACCAUUGGCCUCAUGGUGAAAUCCCUGAGCGGUUUUCUUCCUCUCCGGCAACUGAGUUAGGAAGGACGCCUCUAUUUUGCUAUGACUGGGUGUAUUGAUACACCAUCCAAAGUGUAAUUAAAAACUUCACCAUGCUCAAAGGGAUAUUCAAUGUCUUUUAUUUUACCCAUCUACCAACAGGUGCCCUUCUUUGCGAGGCAUUGGAAAACCUUCCUGGUCUUUGUGGUUGAAUCUCUGUUUGAAAUGAACUGCUCAACUGAGGGACCUUAGAGAUAAUUGUGUGUGUGGGGUAAAGAGAUGAAGUAGUCAUUCAAUAGGCAUGUUAACCACUAUUAUUGCACACAGAGUGAAUCCAGCAACUUAUUAUGUGGCUUGUUAAGCAAAUGUUUACUCUUGAACUUAUUUAGGCUUGCCAUAACAAACGGGUUGAACAAGUAUUAACUCAAGACAUUUCAGCUUUUAAUUUUUAAUGAAUUUGUAAUAAAUUCUAAGAACAUCAUUCCACUUUGACAUUAUGAGGUAUUGUGUGUAGGCCAGUGACACAAAAUCUCGAUUUAAUCCAUUUGAAAUUCAAGCAGUAACACAGCAAAAUGUGGAAAAAAUCAAGGGGUGUGAAUACAUUCUGAAGGCACUGUGUAUUUGCAGACACGUGAAUUGUCUGCAAGAGUGCAGGGUGUGGUGGGGUGUGCAAGAUUUAUAUGCUCCAAUAAAUACAU